AUGCCACAAUACGAGCUGUCAUUGAUAACAAGAAUUUUCUCGAAGGUGAGAAUUACAGAUAGAAUUCGAAGCUGUCUACACUUACCUUUAAAUCUAUCAGGGUGUUAACGUCAACUACCAUAUAGCUAGAAGUACUCGCAUCAAAAGACAGAGUCUUCCCUGACCCUGUGGCUUCCCUUUCCAACUUGUCUAGGAAGAUCGGAUCGGCUCAUCCUCGGUGAAAGAACCUGUGAAACUCACGAGUGACGUAAAGUAAAGGACGCAAAGAAGUCAACACAAUAAAACCUAGGAAAACAAAAGGUCAAAAAACUUCACAGGUUCUUACACCGAGGUAAACCUGGAAGAUCAAGGAGUUUCUCGGGAGGCACAUGGGCACAUCUCCUGAGGACAGGACUUUUUGUACUGCAUGAUCAUGUUGUUGAGCCUCCCGUGAACGGCCACCCAAAAUACGAGGAAGAAGAGGAAAUAUGAAAUCUCCCGUUUAAUUGCCGAAGUUUGCCAUUUCUUCAGCGGACUCGACUUUCCGACAUUAAAAUUUCACCCCACAGGCCUGGCGCACGCUACUGGUGUACACGGCUAAGAAUCUCACAUCGUUUGGCUCUUAUGAACUUAUUAAAACUCAGAUCGCAUCGAUAUUUGGCAAGAAGUUAAAGUCUAUAUACAGCUUUUCAUUGAAUAUUUUUUUUCUGGCUGUAAGACCAAAAUAAAAUUAAAAUAUGAAAAAUAUGGCUCAAAAUGGGACCAUUUCUUAACAGCUCGCGUAACAUUUACAGUCUAACCACGCAUAUUGCGGGAUUUCUCUGUUUCUGUUAAUUGUACUUUGGAAAAAUUCCUCCACAGAGGUCAGUGACUUAUGAGUACUAACUGUAUUAAAAAUUCCUGAACAUAAUGGAAAAACAACAAAGUUUAGGGCGUUUUCAGGAAGAUGUUCUGUCUACGUCCGAUCUCUGUGCAGCGCGAACGUCAAUUUAAAAGAUUGCUUUUGAUUGACUUUCUUUUGCUGUUAAGAGAAGAAAUAAUAAUUUUUGGAAUGCUCAUAAGUUAAACCUUCCUUAUAGACUAACUGUUAAGACUUCGGAAAACCCAUUUUUACGCUAAGAUCAAAUAUCUAAGGUUAGACAGCAUUUUUUAACGUGAAAAUUCGUAAACCGUGCGUUGGACCGAAAAUCGGAUUCUAGCGUGUGCUUUGGCACAAAGAUUUUGUGCCUAAAUUGUGCCUAAGAUGUGCAUAAAGUGUGCAUUUCAGUUUUGAAAAACGUGCCUAAGCCGUGCCUAUUAAAGUUGUGCUCAAACUGUGCCUAAUCUGUGCACAAGUUGUGCCAAAAUAUAUUGAGUCACUCGGAAAAUCGUGUUCAGCCUAUCGACCUCCACAGCAAAAGAAAAGUGCGCACGGCAAUUAUGUCAGUUUUAAGGUUUACGAAGUCUAGAAACACGGGCUGACGACCUUUUUAUCCCCUAAUAAGAAAUAACAUGACUCAGAAUACGGUUAGAGACAGCAGGGAAAGCCCCGACAAACAGGAAAACGGAAUCUUAAACAGGUUAGCAUAUUUAAAAUAAGUGCUCAGCUCUAGUCAAUUACAUGUUGAUAUAAUUUCAUCGAUUCAAGAAUUUCACUGACGUUAAAAAAUUUCCAAGUGGGUUUCUUCUCCCCUUCUUAACGGAGCGUUUAGUUGGAACGAAAUAUUUUUUUUCAGGAGGCCAGAUUUGCAUUUAAAAAAAGAAUUUACUUGUGAUAUGACUUAUAAAAUGAAAACGAAAAACUUGAUUGCACGCCGAUGAGUUCUGAAGCAAAAUUGGCACGUCUGAUCGAUUAUUAUAUGAUCAAAGCUUAAUUUGCUAACAGAGCCAGAAAACAAAAAAACAAACAAGCAGCUUGAAUUAUUUUACUACUAAGUGUAAAUUCUACUUUUUUAGUUAGAGAAAUAUUUUUAAAAAGCAGCCGCAUUUUGUAUCAAAAAACAACACGCGUCGGCAUGAAGGUUUCAAAUUACCACUUUUCAUGUUGUUAUGCAAAUUCAGGCCAGGCGCAAAAAGUAGUUUCUAUGACUUUUAUUGGCUAUUUUUGUGCCUUACUUCUUUAGCUUUGUUUUUGUUAUUAUGGCUUCGACUUUCUUUCAUGAUUUCUUUUAGAAACGAAAGAAAGCCAGUCUAUAAAAUUGCAUGGCAAUCGAAAAGGUUCAGACCGCAUAUAUCGCGUGUGAAUUCAGUUCCACUUUAUCCUCGGAGUAAACACGGACUGUCGAAGAAUACUUUAAUUUUCCAGACUUUCGGCGCGGCUCUAAACUUACACUUCCUAUACUUCUAACUGUAUCGUGUUUGAUCUGAAUUAUUUUUGUAAUUCGAACCAAAUUUGUUCUUUUUUGCAAGUCGGGUUACAAAGAUUUUCAAAAAAGUGCCCAGCGUUGAAUAUUUGUGCCUAAACCGUGCCAAAACUGUGCCCAAACUGUGCCUAAAAUGUGCCGUAGCAAUAUUUAAAACGUGCCUUAAGUGUGCCUAAUCUGUGCCUUUGCAUGUUUUUUUCCCGUGCUUUGGCACAAAAACCGUGCCUUUUCUUGAGCGCGAAUCGUGCAUAAGGCACUGUGUUACGCUCGUGUACACCAGUAGCGUGCGCCAAGCCCACAGGGAUUUUCGCCCAGAAGGUGAAAUCUCGAGGAGGCAUCCUGGUAGCUCACGGGUAUUUUGUAGAAAAGUAUGUACUUGCAGUUGAAGCAUACAAUCAGUAUGCCAGAAAAACUCUCAAUUUGCUUGAUCAGGGGCUGCAUAAAAUUGUUGGGUAUUGAUAACGUUUCUCCUGUUCACGCCCACAAGUACGAGGUGGUUAGGGUGACGUAAAACAGAAAAUCCCCAAAGGGACCACUUAGGUUGAUUUUGCGACAGUGUGUUAUCGUACAGUCAUACUUUUUUUGCGGUAGCAUGUUAUCAGUGACAUUCUGUGAAGAAAGUUAUGGACAAAAAGACACUUGUUAAGUACAGAUGAAGUUAUAAGGUGUGUGUAUUAAACUGAGUAUGCAUAAAUGAACACUUGGAGAGGUUGCCAGACACGAGUAUCAUUCACAAAUCUUUUAUUUGAAACAAUUUGCCAGACACUCUUUCUCUCUUUUUGGGGGAAUAAGACACAAAAAAGCAAGAUGAGUGAAUCAAUGGCUAGCGUAUCACUAGCAGAACUGUGGACUAUUACAGAAAUUCACCGACAAUUAAAUUCUGUGCUGACAUUAUUCCCUGCUCACAGAUGUCCUUCUGUAAAGUUUUUUUAAAAGUGUUGCUAAUAGUUUACAAAAUGACUAGAACGCACAAGCAUGAAUUGAUCAAACCUUUUAAUUUCUAAGGCUUACUUUCCAGCUAUUAAAACGAACUGUAUGCAAAAACUGAAAGAGAAUUAGUGAAAAAUUCCAACUUCUUCUUCUGUGUAAAUCAAACUGAAUCAGUACAUGGAACCUUGCUUUUGCUGUUUUCAUCUCCAUGGAAUAUGUGUGAAAAUCUUCAUUAUGAAUCGGUAUAUUUCAAAGAGCUACACCACGACCAAGAAUACAGUUGACUGACAACAUACAGAGUGGGGGCAGCUGUAGUGUCAACUGUUACUAGUGUUAACAUUGAACAUUUCCUUAUAAACUUUGGUAUGCCCUUGUAAUAUAACAAUGUGAUUGGUGGAAAGUAAACCAAUUGGGUCAAAUGACACAAAGGCAACAUCGUUUUCACGUGUUUUGUGAUUCACAAAUUCGUGAUAAUCAGAGUCAACGAGUGUUUUUUGCACAAAUGACAUCAUGUGUCAUGCGUUAUGACAUCAUCCACAUUAUAUCACAGGAAAAAAAAUGGAAAAUCCGUUAAUGUUUUUUUAAAUGGUUAUUGUGUAAUAUACCAUAAUCAAACCAUUAAUGGAAAAGUCGAAUACUUAACAUCAAUGGUUUGUGAGAAGAAACCAUGAAUGGUUAAUCUUUGAAAACCAUUGUGGGUUUUAUUUUUAAAACAUGCAUGUUUCUUUAACUUUCCAUUAUGGUUUUAUGGCAUUUACCAUUGUGGAUAAUACAUGAAAAACACUGUGGGUUUUAGUUUUAAAACAUGCAUGUUUCUUAAACUUCCCAUCAUGGUUUUAUGGGAUUUGCCAUUGUGGGUAAUACAUGAAAAACAUUGUGGGUUUUCAAAAAUAACCAGGUGUUUUUUAACUUCCCAUUGUGGGUUUUAAUAUGUUAAACAUGGAUGUUUAUUAACCUUCCCAUUAAUGGUUUUAUAGCCUUUACCAGUUUUGUAAAUAGAGAACAACCAUUGUGGUUUAGGUUUUAAAAACAUUAGCGUUUUCAUAUCAUCCAUCCCAUGGGUUUUGCCUUAAAAACGUACAUGUUUUGCAACUUCCAAUUAUGGUUUUUAUAUCUUUAACCAGUCUGAAUAAAACAGUAAACACUACGGUUCUUGCACCCUUAACCAUUUUAGGAAAACAAGAAAAACCAGCAUGAAAUUUAAAACCAUGCAAUUCGAGUUUCUAUAUUGAACUUCCCUAUCAUGGCCUUUGGAAUUUAAACAGGCAUGUUUCUUUAACUUCCCACUGACACUAGCUUUUACCUUAAAACAGGGUGUAUUAUAUUCAGAAUGUUUUCCUUUUUUUUACCUAUAAAUGGUACAUCUUAAUUAACCUGUUCAAACAAUGGUUCCACACAAAUUAAAUAAUUUUGUUCAUCAGAUUGGAACCUGCAGUUUAAAAACUGUAUCAAACCUUCUUUAAUGUAAACUUGAUUCUUAUUACAUGCAUAUACAGAGAAAUGUUAGUAACAGCAACAAAUGUAAACAUCUAUCCUAUCCUAAUAUGAAUCAGAUCAUCAUAAAAAGUCAACAUACAAGACUGUUUGAAUUGUACGUUGAUGAUGAUCUACAUUUCUAUCACCAUGUUUGCAUUGCCUUUCCCAACGUUUCACUUCUUUUUUCUUUUCUUUUUUUUCUCAGCUUGAUUUUGCUGAAUUGUCCUAAAUAUUACCCUUCAUAAAAAUAGUCAGGCAAAGACUUAAAUUCCCCUAAAGACUUUCUUAAGCUCCAUGUAACCAAGAAAACCUGUACAGUCUAAGUUUUAGUCGCACACUUCAGUCUACUGCUUAGUUUGAGUAUUGCAGAAGCUAAGAAAGGCAAUCCACCACAAUAUCUAUACCCAACAGAAAAGGAACAGUGAUAACAUGGGUGAGCCUAUUUUUACACUAAAGUUUUGAAGAGGUAAAUUUCGUGAUAGCUUGAACCACCAUACAACUGUACAAACCAGCUCUUCUGAAUAACACAAUAAUUUGUGAGUUACUUCAUCAUGUCCAUAUCUAGAAUGGCUUUACUUUACAGAUGUCAUUUCUUGAAGGACUCUUCAAGCUGCCCACUAUUUUAACAUAACCUUGAUCGAGGAGGCCUUGUGCCACAAGGCGAACUAAAGAAGUCUUGUCCUCCUUGUUAAGAUUUUUUAAUCCAAGACGCUUUCCAGAUGACUGUAACUGGCUUCGUGCCACAUCUGAUAGUUUAAUAGCAUUGUAGGCAACACAAAUGAUCAACGUGGCUGCUCUGUCUGUGAGAGCUAAGAGAAACAAAAUGUAAAUUAGAGCAGGAAAUUUAAAGCACCACGAUCAUCAUGGUUGUUGUCUGUGACAUGCAAGAGUAACAAAAAAUACAUAUUUAAUAGAGCAGGAAAUUUACAGUACUGAAGAGGUUCUAGACGGUUCUAGACUGACAGAAAAGUAUAUGUUGAACAGCUGGCUAUAUUUGUAAUACAAGCAUCUUUUUUAAUUUCUAUAAGGAUCUUAAAAGAAGUAAAACCAGCUGUAUCUUACACCACGCAUGUAGCCAACAAAAUGAGAGUCUACAGUGAUCUCUCCCUACAUCGAACACAGAAAGGUGUUAGAAACUGGAACUUAACAGUUUACAUGUUUACACUUAAAAUCCUCAGUUUUGUAAAAUCACUUCUUAAUGAAAAAAAUCUCGAGCCUGAAACUAGAAGUACUGGUAAAAUAACAUGUUAUGGAUAAGAUGAACAAAGCAGCAAGUUCUCAAACUUCCAAACAACUCUCAAAAAAUUCUAAGCAUGUGCAUAUGUUCUUAAUCGUUCUUCCUGCACAUACAGGGUCGGUUAUUUAAACGAAGUCUAACUUAGACCAUGGUUUAGAAAAUCUUUGGACCUCCAGAUAACUUUGUUAGUGGGUUAUUUUAAGAAGACAAAUGCUCUUCUAGUUUACUCCAUAUGCUUUCAUGAAACUGUUCAUGAUAAAUGGUGUUUACAUAAAAGGGUUCGGCAAACUGAAAAUGGCUUAGAAUGUGGUUUUGUUAAACACUGGUUAAACCCUGUUUAAAUAACUGGCCCACAGUUACUCUGUCAUGUUAGCUUGACUUAACUAUAGCUACAUGCUCAAUUAUUGGAUUUUAUACCACAGAAAAUUAGCAGUAACAAGUGCUAGCAUAAGUUAUAAACAUGUAGCCAUGAAAAGUAUUUACCUUUUUGUCCUUUUCAGCAGACUCUGUAUUAGUUGCAAAGUUGACAUUUUUAUUUUGAGAGGCAACGGGUGGUUCAUCAGAAGAAUCUUCACUCUCAGACUGAAUUUGUUCUUUGUGGAUCAGUUUUUUCAGGCGCUUCACUGGUGUACUGUCUUCCUCUUCACUUGAAUGGACUGACAUUGUGUCACCUGACUGAUCUGACAAAGUUGAUGAAUUGUUGCUGCUAUUUUCUCCACCUGAGGGGUCACUCUUCACUUUUAAUUUUCUUUUAAGGGUUCUCUUAUCUGGCUGCAAUUAGGUUUCCAAAAAAACAGUUUUUAAUAAUAUGAGCCAAAAUCAUUUUUUCUGUACAACAUAACGUCACAUGCACAGGGCACAAAGAGUCCAGGACAGUUAACCAAAAUUGUCUAAACCAUCAGUAUAGUAUGGGUGAGACAGUUAAUAAUCAGUUGCCUUUCUUACCCAUGACAUACUGAUGGCUCUAGGCAAUUUUUGGAAAACUGUUUUGUUUGUUGUUUUCAUUUUUAGAUGAAAUCUUAAAACAGUGAGCUUACCAGAGAGUAGUCAAAUCCAUUUCUCACGUGCCUUCGCCGUUCAUUCAGCACAUCUAGGAUGUGUUGUCUUAUCCCCUCCAUUCCAAAAUUUAAUGGCGCAAAUGUACACUCCUUCUCGAGAUCCUUUACCAAACUAUCUAGCUUUUGCUCAGCUUCUUGGUUGUUUUUGAAAGUAGGUAUGUCAUUUCCUGGCCACAUUUGGAUAGCAGCAGCCCUAACUGCCUUUCUCCUGAAAAUGACAGAAUGAAACUGACCAUCUGUCUCUGAAAAAUGCUUCAACAAAAAUAAUAUUCCGCAUUAUAAUUCAUGUUCAUUUCUUAGAAAAGCAAAGAAAAAAUUACAUGCUGUUUCAUUAUAAGGUAUAAAUUUGAAAAUGGCCUGGGAAAAUUAUAGAUCAGGUAAAAAAUUGUUACCAGCUAAUUGUUUGAUCACUCACUUGGCCUUGUAUAUACGUUGAUUCAUUUCUGAACUUUUUUUAAUGUUCAUCACAGAUGGUUUGUGGUUUCGUCGUCCGCCAUGUGAAUCAACACUAACACCAGGGACUUCUGAUACUUUCAUGCGCAUUUGGUCUCCUACGGUGCUGAGACCACAAACAUCCAACUGAGCGAAAGAUCCCUCUCUUGAGAGGAAGAACAAAGCCUUUCCGUCAAUUUUCUGUUCUAAAAAAAUGAAGCCAUAAGGAAAUGUAAAGCAAGCACUUGACCUCGCAAAACUGCAACAAAAGAGGGCGUGAAGUGUCAAGAAAGCUACUUAUUGUCUUAGCAGUCAGAGGUUACGCAGCCAAAACACCAAAAAAGUCGAUAAAACUAAAAAAAUGUUUAACUUCAAUAAUUGCCGUUAGUUGAAGUAUAUUUUCAACGAAAACUGAGCGAAGUUUCAAGAGAUCGAGUUUGCACUUUUGCCGAUCUUAAGUUCAUAAUUUUUAUCUUACCUUCAAAUUUCUUCCCUAUAUCUUCGUUAGACGUCUUUUGAAUUUCCUUUUUAACAUCCUCAACUGUCCAUUCGAUUAAAUUUGUACUUUUAUUCUCCAUAUUCCACAAGUUUCGUGGGUGAAAUUAACGAAUGUUCGCUACUAACAGAGAAUGAUCUUCAAGUAAAUGGCGGGAAAGUAUGCUACCAUAUAUGGUAAUAUGAAACAACUCUUGCCCAAUCUUCCAACGAAAAAUAUGAUGGCGGCCAGAAUUUUUUGCAUCCCAAGGAUCGACAAAUUAUUCACUGACAAAAUACGGUAAGCUUAAAAUAGUAGGAUAAGCAAUGAUUGGAGCGAAGAGACAACUUCUUGGGAAAUCCUGACCGAGAGAAGACAUCGUUAUUUGUUACUGCUCUAGCCUGAACAGUCCGUGUUUUCGCCGUAAAAGCGCUCAGCGCUUUUACGGCAGUGCCUUCUCCGCUUCAACUUAGGCCUGGUUCAGACGCCGUACUUUUCAUGUGCCGAACCUAACUGAAUAAGUUCGUCUUUGGAGCGACACUGGCGCGACAUCUGAUUCAGGCGGCGUACCGUGUGUCGAACCUACGUUAAGUUCGGCAAAAGUUCGACAGACUCUGUCGAACUUAACGCUCUUGCCGCACCAAACUUAGCCUCCCACGCAGGCGUUUUUAGGGGAGCUCGUAUUUCUUCCCUCCCCACAAACGCCUGCUCAACAGAGGACAACAUUCCUUUCCCAUUGUUACAUUCGCGUGGUAAGUGACCAAUCAACCGUUUUUAAAUAAAGUGUUGAUAGGCUAAACAUGACUCAUAAGCUCGUGAUAGUGAAAAAACGUGACCCAGAACGUGACCCUAGAGUUACCUUUUUCCUUCUUUUCUUUCGUUCGCUAAGGUUAUGCGGUGCACAGAGAAUUCUAAAAUCUGACUGAGUAAAUCUUACUUUUGCCACUCCGAGACUAACAUUUAUUAGAGGUCACGGAGGUUUCUUAAAGUUUCAUGCAGAUCGCGUGAUUAUCGGGUUACCCUGCGGUCAAGGUCAACUUUCCAGAAUUUGGAAAGUACAGCGUGAUUGGCUAAGCGUGGGAAAGGAAUGUUGUCCUCUGUUGAGCAGGCGUUUGUGGGGAGGGAAGAAAUACGAGCUCCCCUAAAAACGCCUGCGUGGGAGGCUACACCAAACUAAAACUGUCGUACCAAAUUGAUUCAGACGCCGCUCUUUUGCCGUACUUAAUUCAUCAGUUAGGUUCGGCACAUGAGUGGAGCGGCGUCUGAACCGGACCUUAUUGGCCUGGCGAAACGCUGAAGCAUUGAGGUAAAAUACAAAUUAAUAAUGGCACGGUGCAAUUUGUGGAUCACUGAUGCUUGUAAUGAUGUCCAGAUACAAAGGUCUUUAUCAAUGACUUCAAAGAUGUGUUAGACUUUAUGCCAAUUACAAGACGAAGUUGUUUUGUGAAAUUGAUCAUGACCUUACGUUAGUUUCAGUACUACUGAACACUGGCCCGAAAACUGGAGGGAGACUGAGACUUUCAAGGGAGUAUAUAUAUGGAUAACUGGAGGACCCCCAUGCGUUAUGUCGGCGUUAUUGUGGAAAAAAGGUUCCAUAAAGUAUUAUUUAUUAUUUUGCUCCUUCUGAUAGAAUUCAAGGUUUUCAGAUUUUUCUUUGUGCAAAAAAUGAUUGCUUUUUUGAAAUCAUACAAUUAGGAUAAUGCGAUUAACAAUAACAUCACAUGAUGGUAAUAGAACAUUCAUUAAGGGAAACCGACCAAAGCUCUGGAAAUAUAGUUGCUUGAUGUAAAAAGAAAGGAUGGUUAAUGGAGAAAUUCAUCAUUUUUGUUUAAGCUUUUAUAAGCUCAAAAGCCAUCUCUGGCUAUUCAAUAAACAGUUGCUGGAAACUUCAUCCAUAAUAACUACCUCAAUUAACCUCCUCUUACUCUUUUUAUGAUUUUUAUUUACGCAAUACUGCAGCAGACUUAGCUGCAUAGCAGUUUGUGGGUCCCUCACUAUUGUUGUACCCCUCUUUCCCAACACCCAGCAAGCCACAAAGGUUGCUAGAGAAACUACCGUUUUCUUUUUUCCUUUUUUAACAAAGAAAGAACAGAAUACAACUCCUUGCCAUUCAUGGCUUUUAAUAGAGGAUAUUAUUGAGUUGAUUUCCAUUCAUGGGAUUUAUACAUUUUACAUCUGGACUAUGCUGCAUAUAUUUACAUGAAUGGAUUAUAAUUCCUUCCCAUUCAUGGUUUUUAAUAGAGAACCAUUAGUGGAUUUCAAAUACCCAUUACUGGUAUUAUUGAGUUGAUUUCCAUUCAUGGGAUUUAUACAUUUUACAUCUGGACUAUACUGCAUAUAUUUACAUGAAUGGAUUAUAAUUCCUUCCCAUUCAUGGUUUUUAAUAGAGAACCAUUAGUGGAUUUCAAAUACCCAUUACUGGUAUUAUUGAGUUGAUUUCCAUUCAUGGUAUUUAUAGGAAUAUACAUUUCACUUGAUGGGUUAUACUUCAUAUAUUUACAUGAAUGGAUUAUACUUCCUUACCAUUCAUGGUUUUUGAUAGAGAACCAUUAGUGGAUUUCAAAUACCCAUCACUGGCAUUAUUGAGUUGAUUUCCAUUCAUGGGAGUUCAUAAAAGUACAUUUAAAAAAGUAAUUUACAUUAAUGGGAAUUAGGUAUAAAAAAUUUUCUCAAGAAAAAUCCCAUUGAUGGGAAUUUUGUAAAAAUGUAAAUUUGGUAUUUCCCAUUAUUUUAACAUUAAUGUGUUUUAAAAAAUUUUCCUGUGAUACCUCCCUAUCAAUUCUCAAUAUAUUUGAAGUCAUGGGGGGUUGACAGCCAUGUCAACUCUUCUCAAAGCAAAAGCAUGUAAAUGUACAUACAUGUACUUGUCAGACUUUGUAAAGCCACAACAAAGACCCAACGAGCUUUUGAUUUCAAGCCUGUGCUGUGGGAAUAGGCUGAUUUUUUUUUUUUAAACAGAAUAGCUUAAGCUGUUUGAUCAGAUGACAAUUUUUUUGAACAUGUAGAACUUAAGCUGUUUGAUUGCCUGACAAUAUUUUUAUCCUUUAUUAAAUAGUCUGAUUUGUUUCUUAAAGGAAAUGUGAGAAACUCUGUAUGGAUGUUGGAGCUUAAAGGGUUAAAGGGGGUUUUUCAAGACUAAAUGUUGUGCUUUUUUGACUGGAGGGAUUUGCCUCUGUUCUUCGUCGGACAGCUCUAUCUAUUAUGGACAAAGGGGGAGUAGUACGAAAAAUGGAAAACCUAGGAGAGCAAGAGCUUCCCCACAGGAUGAGAGCAUAUACUGAAUGGCAUACACAUGGGAGGUAUGUUGGUAGCCAUUAAUAAAGUACAACGUGAAAAGAAAUUAUUAAGUUACAGUGGAACCUCAAUUUAAUGUUCAAACCUCAACAUGUAUAUAACCAAGAGCCCAUAACCUGGAGUGAGCAACUCCCUUGUGCUCAUGCAACAGCAUUUUCACAGACCAGUUUAUUUUUAGAUCAAUUUUCCCACGAAUUUUGACUACAUGUAUCAAAUAAGCCUUACAAAUCAAUCAGCAAAAACUGGAGACUAAAAAAUGUAUUUCUGAUGUUUUGACAGACAUGAGUAUUUGCUCUCUCUUUUUGGUGUAGGUAUUUUCGUACUAUUGAUGGGCACAAAUAUGAAAAGGUGCUUCUGUUUUUAUGCGAAAAGUACUCCAAACUGAUGCUAAAAAUAAACUGAUCUGUAAAACACUGUUGCAUGGGCCAAGCAUGUGAGUUGCAUGCUCCAGGUUAUGGGCUCCUGACAGGCACAGAUCUAAGAUAAGUCCCCUUUCUUGGGUUUCUGAGUCAUUAAGACAGGUUAUUGGCCAGUUCCUUUCUCCUUGCAAAUCGGCGGAUCAUUUCGUCAAGGCCAGAUAUGAAGUAAGAUUUCAACUUGGAAAGUAUUUUUAUUAUUAAAAAUAUUACAUUCAUUAAGUAAAAUUUGACGAAUUUCCAUAAAAAUGGCGUAAACAAGUGUGGAUCCGCACCUGCCUGAUAUAACAAACUCCUUGGUAUGACAAACAAUAUUCCUAGCCCAAGAAAUAGUUAUGUGGAAAAGAACCUUGAUAUAAUGAAACCUACUCAGUUAUAGGAAGCAUAUUUGGUCAGUCCCUUGACCCUUCAUUAUAUCGAGGUUCCGCUGUGUAUAUAUUAUCAGCAGUGUAGUAGAACUUUUAAAUUAUGAUAAAAUUAAACCACCCUGGCUGAACUUUUUCAUUUCAUACUAUUAUUCAUUUCUUAGGAUUUUACAAAAAAAAAAUAGAAUUCUUUAUUGAAUUUAUCUUUGGCCACUGUUAGGAUUGAAAGGGUUAUGUUUUCAUUACAUGUAGCAUGUUAUGCACAGGCAUUCCACCUACCCUCAUUCCCAAGAAGAAGAGAAAAUCUUGGGAAUGAGGUUGAUAAUUCACUUUCCUUGACUUUUGCCUCUGCAUAGUUACUAUCUUGGCCUGUGUAGCAAGUGUUUCCGUGCGAGUUCGUAGCGUGAUAAAAGUGCUCUUGUUUUCAAUGUUCUGCUGAAAAAACUUAUGUAGAAAUGCUUGCUGCAGCAAGAUAUUAUUAUUACUAUCACUAUUAUUACAAGUGCCUAUAUGUUCUAGAAUUAACAGUUGGUUUCGAGUCUAACCUUAAUAACAAUGCAGUGCGUAAAAAAGAAAAAUAUCUGAACUUGAUCAAAGAAAUGAGUAGAAAUUACAGAUGUGUGAAAUUUGUAAAUCUCUCUUUGAGCUCUCUUGGCGUUUUCUCCGAUGAAUGCUCCAUGUUCUUAGACAUGAUGAAUAACAUUGGCAUUGAUAAAACGCAGCAACUUUAUAUAAUCAAGAAAAAUGUUCUUAUCAUUUAAUGAUAAAUAUAGCCUUCGUUAGAGCAACAUAUUACAUCUUUUGUUGUAGAAAUAGGAAUUGGGAUAGCCCAGACUUAAUGCAGUUGGGUUUUUUUUUUUCUUUUUUCUUUCUUUCUUUUCUGUUUUAAAUAAUCCAAUCUCAAGCUGCAUUUGUAAAUUGCCUAUACGUAGCGAGAUUUACAAUUGUACAUUCAAAAACACAAUAAAGUUUCUAUUAUUAUUGAAUUCUUAUCAUUAUCUUGAUAUAGGAAAACCUUAAUAUGUUCUUGUCUAUAUUUAUUUUCUUUAGAUACUUCUUGAUGCACUUUGACUUAGGAACAGACGGUCUGAAGGAACUGAAGCACGAGUUAGGCACAGACACAGAUCUUAUACGGCCACGUAUCAUCAAAGUAAAAAGCCGUUAUGAUUCUUUGAAACACAGACAUUCCAUGUUAGAGUGCUGGGAGAGUUAA